AAUAACUGAUUUUGUCUGUAUAUUAAAAUAUUUUUGGUAAUUAGGUAGGUAGGAUUUACAAACUAAAAAUCAUUCAAUAUCAUAGCGUAAAAUUAAUAUUAUGUCUGGUUGUUUUCAUUAUACCAGCCCAGUAUAAGCUGUCGAUUCGUAAAGACUACUGGGAUGACUUUUAGGAAACAGUGGAAAACACUUUAUAAGCAUACUAUAAAUUUAAUACUAUUAGAAGUUAUCGAAGAAGUUAAUAUUGAGUUGAAAAUAAAAGACUGUGUUAGAAAUUGGAUUAGGGAAAGAGAUGAGAACGGGGGAGGGGGUCGGCAAUAUUAUUGAAACAACUAAAUGUGGAAGAUUCGGGGUAAUAUAGAAUGGUAGUGAGGAUGUGUGCCAAAAAUUUUGACGAACUUAUCAUUAUUAUUUAAUAAUAAUAAUAUUCAACGUAACAAUACGUUAUUAAGGGAUCCUAUGCACGCAAAACCAAAAUCUAUAUAGAAGUCCGCCGCAGUCAGCCAGGAAGCAACAAUAACAUCGACAUGUUGUUGUUGUUUGCUAACGUUCAGGGUUUGUUGACCAAACUACACAUAUUAUCAGAAAUCAGAAUGCAGGCGGCGACUUUUGCAAACGAAAGUGGUCCUGGCGGGCGCCUGCACUAAUACAUUCGUGCAGCGCAGCGGCCGCCGGCGACGCGGGCCGCGGCACUCGGCGAGCACUAAGCAGCAUAGCAUAGCCGACAGCAGUGCAUCGCCGCCGCCCGCGGGGAAAGGACGUGUCGUUCGAUAUCGACUCUCGCUCCCACGUGCUUCUCGAUCUUCGCGGAGGAAAUGUUUACAUCCCGAUCUGUGCUUCGUCUGGUUUACGAAAACAAUAAAUUUAGAUCCAAUUCUAUUAAGUGAAAUAAUUAACACGAGCGAUCAGAAUUGGCCGAAGGAAGUGUUGUGAUUAUUUUAAAUAGGGUGGAAAGUGAAACGUUUGACGGUAAUAUGCGGUGAGAGUGUCGCCAUGCUCCGAGCGCUGCUGGUGCUAGGCGCGGUGAGCGCGGCCGCGGGCGCAAAGCUCGCACCGCUCGACGUGCCGCGCUGCUGCCCCGCCGGCCAGAGCCUCUCGCCUGAGGCGUUGCGGGCCGCCGCGCUCGAGCCCGCACGCGCCGCCGCCGCCUGCGCGCCGCCAGCACCCGGCGCGCCCGCCUGGGCCCCGCUCGUGUACGCGCCCGCUCGUAACACUUUCCUAGAGCGCGGCCGCCUACCGCAGCAUUGGCGGACGCUGGACGCGGCGCUUCCGAGCUGUGCCGCGCUGCGCGUGCUGCCCGAACACGCCGCGCCCUACGCCCUGCUAGCUAACAACGGCUCGCUGCUGCUGCGCGGCACCACGCACGCCCUGCCGCCGGCGCGCUAUUGCGCGGACGAGGGCGGCGCGCUCGUCUGCGAGGAGGACGUACCGCGCGGCCCGACCAAGUGUUGCGCCGAGGGUCAGGGCUUCGACGGUGCGCAUUGCGCGGACGAGCCGGGCGCGGAGGCUGAGGGACCGGCGGCCGUGCUGGAGGAGCUUCGCGCACUCGCCAACGGCAGCGACGUGGGCUUCGGCUGGCCGGCGUGCGCGGAGGGAUCGCGGUAUGCGGUGGCAGGCGCGCUGGGUGGGGCGCGGCUGGAGACGGGCGGCGCGCUGCGGCUGCGGGCGGCGGGCGGCUGGGCGCGCUUGGCGGGCGGCGCGUGGUGCGCGGAAUCGGUGCAAGGCGCGUCGGGCGCGCGCGUGCUAGCUUGCGAGGCGGCGGCGCGCGCGGUGGGUGGCGGGCCGGCGCACCACGCGCUGUACGGCGCGGGGCUGGCCGUAGGUGCGGCGUUCCUGGCGGCCACGCUGGCGGCGAGCUUUGCGCUACCGGCGGCACACCACGCGCUGCACUGGCGAUGCCAGACUCACUAUGUGGCGGCGCUCAUGCUGGGUGAUGUGCUGCUGGCCGCGACGCAAUUGGCGGGGGAUCGCGUGCCGCCUGCUGUGUGCCGCGCGCUCGCCGUGUGUAUGCACUUCCUGUUCCUCUCGGCGUUCUUCUGGCUCAACACAAUGUGCUUUAACAUUUGGUGGACUUUCAGGGACUUCCGGCCCACGUCGCUGGAGCGCGGACAGGAGGCGUGCCGGCUGCGCGUGUACCAGGUGUACGCGUGGGGCGCGCCGCUGGCGCUGGCGGGCGCGGGCGCGCUGCUGGACCGGCUGCCGGCGGCUGCGGCGGCGGGCUAUCUGCGCCCGCGCUUCGCCGUGCGCCGCUGUUGGUUCUACGGCGACGCCGAGGUGCUCGUCUACUUCUUCGGCCCGGUGGGCGUGCUGCUGCUCGUCAACCUGGCACUCUUCGUGUCCACCACGCGCCAACUCACCUGUGGCCUCUGGCGCCGCGACGAGGUCAAGUCCACAUCCGAGAGGGCGGCGCUGGGCCGCGUGUGCGCCAAGCUGGUGGUGGUGAUGGGCGUGACGUGGGUGGCCGACGUGGUGUCGUGGGCGGCGGGCGGGCCGGCCUACCUCUGGUACGCCACCGACCUGCUGAACGCGCUGCAGGGCCUCUUCAUCUUCCUGGUGGCGGGCUGCCAGCCGCACGCGUGGGCGGCCGCCAAGCGCGCGGCGGCGGCGCUGUGCGCGCGACGUGGCCGACACGCGCGCCACGCCGCGCACUCCUCCUCGCACCUGCCCUCCUGCGGGGAGUCACUCACGCACACCACAGCCGCGCCCGCGCCGCAGCCGACCGUCUAUAAUGAAGUGAACGUAAACGACAUGAACGUCUCGGCCGUUCUAUUGGCUGUUAGUUUAACGACAAACAGUGACAAGUGA